UCUACACGCUUAACAGCUUUGCUGACAUUUUCAACAUUCUUGUUUAACUUAUUCGUCAGUACUUCGCAAGUUGUGAUGGCAGACAUUUUGACUGACAAAAUUGUGCAGAAAUUGUCAAAACUGAUUGAUCCUGCGAUUGUCCGCCCAGAAAACUUUAGCGUAGACCUGGGAUUUACCAAAGCUGAGGGCAAUGCCGCAGCGAUAGGGGCCAAUCUCACCAUGUAUCAACAUGGCGCAUUCGACAAACUCCUCUCCAAGUAUGUUAUGAAGCAUGGACGGAAGAGCGAAAGUGCUCUGCAACUGAGACAGAUCUUUCUAGAGAGUGGAGAGAUGAAGCCCUGCGCUGAUUUCGUCAAAGCAGAAUUAGAGAAGUUUAAAAUUCCUGUCCCGUCAGACGCAGAAACACUCGUGGACACAUCUGUACCCCUCCCGUCCCCUCCUUGCGGCAUACCUGGUGAGGUAGCAGAGGCCGCUGGUGGGACUAAAACCGGUGCAAAGACGAAGGAAGUAUGUAAGGAUCCAGCUUACAAGCCUGACGAGGAAAUGGAAACAUGAACGUCCAUACCUUUGUUAUUUUUUAAUUACUUUUUUUUAACAUAGUGCAGAUAACUUCAUUAGUUUUGCUUUCCAAAUCUAAUGAUUGAAAAAAGAAAAAAGAUAACACGAUGUCUUGAAAUCCAAUACCACUUAGCUAAUCGCAAUGCUUGUUUACUCAUUAGUCACACGGUAUUACAGGGUGAAAAUUGUCUACAUAAAUUUGAAACUGUUUGAAGCAAUAACUAUUAAUGCUUGUCAUCUAGUAUUUUUAUGUAUGAAUAUGAAUGUAUUUGUGGUAUGAAAACGAAAUUAAAAUUUGUAUUUGUAUGGAAUUAUUUA